AUGCCCGACAGAGAAUCCUCGGACCUCCCCGCAGAAGCAGAGGCCCGCGUCAUCACCUACUACCAAUGCAGCUACGUCAACUGCUUUGACUCCGGCGCCAACCACCUCUACACCAACCUUGAACCAAGUUUUUGGGGAUCUACGAUAUCGGUCCCUACGGCACCUGCGGCAGCAUCAUCUGCGACAUCUGCGGUCACUGAACAGCCGGCUGCUGGUGAGAAGGCCCAGGAGAUUAGCACGCUCUUGCAGCAGGCGAACGCAAUGUUGAACAAGUUGAUGAGGCUAGACGUGCCGGAGCAAAUCUACCUCCAGCAAAGGCUUUGUGCCAACAGAGAGGCGGCUAGUAUGCCAGGCUACAGUUCGGGCGAGAUCAACCAGCCCCCGGCUAUGGAGCAGCCUGCUCCGGCUACACCGCCCAGGGCUAGUCCAGAUCCGGAGUUGCUACAACUCGACAAGAUCGACCAGCACGGCGAGACCAUCCGCAAGCUCAGGACUCCUGAGGACGAUGUGAAGGACGCUGAGCCUGAAGUGCCAGUACGGAUUGAGCUGGCAGGGGGACAAGCGGCGAUCACCUUGAAGCAGAAUCGAGCAGAAACCUUGAUGUCCACAACUGACAGCCAGGAUGCAGCGGCGGCACAGGAUGCCUCCACUAUCUUGCCUUUGGGGGCCCUGGUCCAACAACUCGGUUGCGACUUGACGUGGAAACUGUCCGAUGAUAGGAGCAGUUCACAAGCUCUCGAGCUCGUCCAUCAGUUGGAGCAACGCAAGCUUCAGGAGCUCAGGGAGGCCACGGCGGAGACGUUCUUGGGAGCCUUGUGUUUGGCCGAGGUUAAGGACUGGGAUGACAUGUUCAUGAAGUUUGUCCACACAGGUGAUAGAGCCUAUCUCCUGAAGGCCCUCGAGUACCCAAGCUCUCCAUUGCAGGGUGUGAGUGACAAUCUGAGAUCGCUCUUGGCGGUUAAGGUUGAUGUCAGUGAAGAAGUGGGCCGUGGCUACUUGAAGGCCUUACCGAUGAGGCGGUCCCAAUGGAAGUCGCUGUCAUCGAAGCGGUGGGUGGUGAAGCUGUAUGAGCGAGAAGAUGAAGCCUCGGAGGUGUUCAAAAUGGUGGAGAAUGACAAGGUUGUGUUCUUCAAUAUCAAUGUUCACCGAAGCCGUGGGUUUUCAAGAAGGGUGACAGUCCGGCAUGCAAGGCCCUCUUGUGCGCCGCUUGUCGGGGCAGAUGAAGGGAUAGUCGGAGCACCACCUUCCAAUGCCUGUGCCGAGCUCUGUGCCAAGGAGCUAUUGCUGUGGAUGGUUUCAAGGGAGGGAGCUCGACUCCACCGACAACCCAGCCCGUAUAUCGCGAUGACGCGGGAUCCUGAGUCUGGGCUGUUGGACUACACCUUUGUGGCAGGCCUUUCAGAGGGAGUACCAGAUUCCAGUGACCCAAGCAUCUUUUCCAGGAUCAUCUGA